AUGGCUAGGCGAUCCCGAACCAACUCAGACGGCGCGACCAGCGAUACAACCACCGGGAACCAUGGCAAGAUACGAGUGGUGGUGAAGACGGAAUUUGAACUGGGGGGAGCUGGGGAUAAUUCAGGUCAAGAGAAAGAGAUCGCGGGACAUAUCUUCGACGUUUUGGUGACUGACCACAAAGUCCUUCAGCGGGAGAUCGAGAAGGUUCUGAACGCCAUGACUAGUGUCUCCCAGAGAUGGAAUAUUUUGGAGGACAAACUUGAGGAGGUUCUUGGGGACAAAUACGACGAGACGCUCGUGAAUUACCCCCGUGAGCUGGACUCGGCAUUGCAGGAAUUGCACACUGUCCUCGAAACCAUGCAAGGAAAGGCAGAUUCGAACGGUAAAUGGAUCAAACUCAGUCGAUCAAGACUACUUGGGAGGAUGGACAGCAAUGAGGGCGAUGAGUAUGAGGGAAAUUAG